UACCUACAUUUUUUGCAACCUGAAGCAACAGUUUGACCUUUCUUUAGCGACUUCCCGCGAAAAUGAUCGGCUCUUUCCAACGGUUUUAUGACGCGAUACUCGGGAUCUUUCGAUGAACCGCGAGACGGUUAAGAAUCGAUUCAGAGAUGCCGAACAAAUCGUGAUAUAAUUGGAGUAAGCGCUUAUAUAAAGUUAUCUCUGAGGGGAACUAACUGUCCUAAGAAAGUUUACGCGGUAAUUUCUUUUAGUCUUCUCUGAGCGAUGCAUAUUAAAAUGAAGAUAUUAGAGUAACACUGAAUCAUUGCAGUUCUUGAGCGCCACCUGCUGGCCGAGAGCGAGUGUGCAGCUCAUUCAGCUCGUUCCCGGUGACUGAUGGAGGGUGAAGCCUGUGGGAGGUGCUGGGCUCCUCCUCCUCCUCCUCCUCUCUCUCUCUCUCUCUCUCUCUCUCUCUCUCUCUCUCUCUCUCUCAUUGUGUUCCCGCUCCGAGGCUCGUGAUGGAAGCGGAGCGACCCGCGGAGAACAAGCGCAGCAGGAAACCCGCUCAUCCCGUGAAGAGAGCCGCGCGCGAGGAGAUGAAGAGCUUUGCUGAAAGCACCAUGAAUGAGAUGUUGGGAUGGUACGGCUAUGAUUCAGUGGACGCCGCUGACGGACCGAACCGUGUCAAACACCACCAUAUAUCUCCAGAGAACUCAAAGCCACAGGAGAGGAAGCUGCCUUCAUCAUCCUCUUCCUCAGAGACCGUCAGAAUCAGUGAGAAGGAGCCGGCGUCUCCGUCUUCAUCCUCGUACUCUUCCUCGCUGCGCAGCAGGAACGUCAUCGUGCCGCUCAUCAAACCCUCUUCAGCGGAGGACGAGCAGAGCGAGCCGAUCGUCUGCGUCUGGUGUCAGAAGGAGGGCAUGAAGCGCUAUUCUCUGCUCAUGGGCUCCGAGCUCAAGAGCUUCUGCAGUGAGAAGUGUUUCGCUGCGUGUCGACGCGCCUUCUUCAAACACAACAAGGCUCGAGAUGAGGAUCGUCAUGGCAACCAGUCUCCGCCCCCUGGCCAGACGCAGGACACGCCCUCAAGACUUCUGCUGAAGAUGAACAACAACACGCGUGUGUGUGAUUGGUGUAAACGCACGCGUCACACUGAAGAAUACCUGGACUUCGGCUCGGGCGAGAAGCGUCUGCGGUUCUGCAGCAGAAAGUGUCUAAACCAGUACAAGAUGGAUGUGUUUUACCAGGAAGCUCGCACAGCUCUCGCUGACUCUGGCUCCGCCCACAAAGAUGAGCAGCCCCGCCCCCAAACGGCUGUCACGGAAACCCACAAACUGUUGACGCCGGAGGCCUGGGACAGACCAGUGAAAACCCUCUCGCCCCAAACGCCCAUCUCAGUGAGGAUUCAGUCCAGCGCCACGCCCUCUUCUCCAGAGAAGCCACCCCCACAACAGAUGCCCCUCCCCUUUGUUCUGAAAAGUCCCGCCCCUAACCCACUACGCCCCCUCAGCCCCAUCCAGAGGGCUACGUUUGCCCCGCCUCCUCUCCGCCAGCAUUACCACGCCCCCUACAUGCCCCUCCCCCCUGUGUACACACCCCAUUUAGCCCCGCCCUGGCCUCAGCCAAUGAUAUUAUUGCCCUAUCCAGUUUUUGUUCCAAUUCCAGUGCCGAUUCCCAUUCCCAUCCCUAUUCCCCCUCAAAUGGGCCACAGAGGAGUAAUUCGAAGCCUUCAAGAGCAGGAAGAGGAGGGAACAGCAGAUCCGGGUCACACAGAGGAGACCACCAAGAGAGUAAAGAGCGAACGAUGCACUUCUCCUCUCUCUCCAGAGCGACAGGUGAUCCAGUGUCUCCGAAAACACAAAGAGGAAGCUCCGACGCACAGACCACUUUUGUACACAUCUGUCGCUCCCAGAAUCGCUAGUCCCGCCUCUUUGUACUCAUUGGCCCGUACCACCGCAGUACAAGCCACCUCGUUUUCAUUGGACAGCGCUGGCUCCGCCCUGAUUCCGUCUCCUCUCUCCGAUUGUGAAGAUGUGAAGGAGAACAGCUACUUGAGUGGGCGGGGCGAUGGCUCGACCAAUCGCUGGCCGGCAGAGCAGACGGAGUGCCGGAGCGACCAAUCGAAAGAGAGCAGGGGGGAGGAGGAAGUGCCGCAGGAUGUAGAGCACACUUACACAUGGUCUGUACCGCCGAAACUACGAGAGAAGAACACACUGAUGGCCACGCAAACACAUUUACACACGCAAACACACAGCUGGGAGAAAAACACCGAACUGAGAUCCGAGCCGAGCGGACGGAACGAUCCAGAACCGCCCUUCAAGAGACGAUGCUUGAGAACCAGAGACCAGAACAAAUGAGGCCCGGGGUGUGUGUAGAUCGAUGAAGCGAUCGAGUCGAGUGUUUCGGCGGCCGAUGAAGAGUGUGAACGUACUGGAGACGUCCGCCCCAGAGCAUCAUGGGGAGUCAGAGAUCAAGCGUGUGUGAUCCAGUUAGAGGACACAUGUGUGUGUGUGUUUUCCUGCCAAGUAGCUCCUACAAAGCCAGGCAUUGUUCCUCACUGUGUGUGUGUGUGUGUGUGUGUGUGUGUGUGUGUUCAGCUGUGGUUUAGGAUUACCUGACACACACUGGCACUUUGCUACAGAGCAUUUUUAGACUUCGCCUGCAAGAGUGUCGAGAGCACACACACACACACACACAACACGCACACACACACACACACACAUCAGCUCCUCAGAAGUUUAGAAAACGGUUAUAUUC